AUGGCGACUGUACGACAGGGUUCGUUGGGACGAGGCCUAUUUCUUCAUACACACAAAGGAGCGGUUUUCACCCACCGCCAAAACCGUUACCUUCCAGCGCUGUGGAGUGUGUCACUUACACACCCUCAGACUGGUAUGCAAUUCCUACCCUUGGCCGGGCAUGCCGGCAUGGUCACUGGCAUGUGUAUGCAAUUUGCUCGGCUCUCCUGCCGGCAUAAGUUGCUCCGAGGGGUGCUGCCAUCCCCAUGA